AGCUCGAAUCGAGCUGCUGUCGGGGGGGUCAGGGCGGUGGUGUGGACAGGACGGAGAUAGGAAGCUGGCCCUCAGAAGGAGAGAAAAUGGGGAAUUCGGUUGGACUCAUCCCCCGGGGUGUGCCAGGCGCCCGCACUCCUGCAGCCCCCGGUUUUCAUCUCUGGAUGUGAUAGUACCUGCUCCCACCUUUGCAGACCCUGGGAAUUACAGUGGCCAGAGCUGCAGGGGGAAGGGAGUCAGAAAGGGGAGCCCCUUCCAACACCGUACCCACAAAGCUCGCACAUUCAAGUGCAGACCCAGACCCCGAAAGUUGCGCAGGCACCGCCAAAGAUGCGCACGUAGUGAGAGCCCCUGGUGACUCACUGAGGUAGGUACUGUCACCUCCGAUUUACACCUGUCCAAACUGAGCCUCAAAAAAAGGUGGUGACUUCCUCAAGAUCACAGAGCUAAUAAGAGGCAGAGUCAGGUUCCAAGUCCAAGCCCAGACAGGCUGACUUCAGAGGCUCUGUAUUUAUUUAUUUAUUUAUAUUUUUUAAAGAUUUUAUUUAUUUGACAGAGAGAGAGAUAGCGAGAGCAGGAACACAAGCAGGGGGAGUGGAAGAGGGAGAAGCAGGCUUCCCGCUGAGCAGGGAGCCCGAUGUGGGACUCGAUCCCAGGACCCUGGGAUCAUGACCUGAGCCAAAGGCAGACGCUUAACGACUGAGCCACCCAGGCGCCCAGAAGCUCUGUAUUUAAUCAUCAGUGUGUGCCUGUCCUCAGUAGCCCUGUAGGGGCUGAGUAUCAGUGGUGCGCGCUAAGUGCUCAGUAAAUGUCAUGUGUCACUACUGUUGGCCUGAUUUUACAGGUAAAACUAAGGUGGAGAGAAGCCAAAUAACUGACCCAAGUCAGAACUAAAGUACCCAUGACCUGAACCCCAGACCCAUGACCACCUUAACAGACGCCCUGCCCUACCCCCAUGUGCACAAACAGAGCCACUUCUUUUUAGGGGAGCCAAAGCUUGGAGCUCAGAUGUGAGGGUGGUGUGUUCAGGCAUGUCCUGAGCAGAGAGGACUUGGCAGGGAGCCCAUCAGCCCUCCAUGCUGGGAUGUGAGGCUCUGGGCUCAGGUCUGCAAUGCUCUGUGGUAGUAGCUGGGAGGUCUGCGUCCCACGCUGGCUCUGCCAGGCUGUGCCGUGUGUCCCUGGGUGAUCCCUCAAUCUCUGUGCUCCGCAAGCUCCACCUGGGAAGGCUACUGAGCCCUGUAUCUGGAGGAAAAUUUGAGGGGUCUUAGAAGAAAGGAGUGGGGUGCUUUCUGACCCCGAGGGAGGAAUGGAGGCAGCCAGCUGUCCCAAGUUCUUGGGUAAGGCAGGGACCGCAGGGCCCAGCAGGAAUCCAUGACCCUCCCCCUUCCUGCCAAAGUGGAAUCCCUCCCAUCUAAAGAGGAGGCUUGGGUCUGGAAGCUGGAAUGUAACAUCCAGGGCUUUGCACUUGGAGGGGCUGGGAUUUGAAUCCUCUGCUGCUCAUCCACCAGUCCUUGAGCCUCCAUGGUCUACUCUUGCCUUGGGAUAUCUGUGCUUUUGAUUAUUGAGCAACCCUUGGGGACUCUGUUUUGACAUUUGUAUCGCAUGAACCAAACUUAAUGUGAAAUUAGAAUGUGAUCCCAGGUUUGCCCCUUGAUGGCUGAGUCAUCCCCCCCCCUCACCCAUUUCCUCAUCUGUAAAAUCCUGGCACCUAGCUCUUAGGUCGUCAGAGGACCAGUGAGGUGAUCAGGAUGGCACUUGCUUAGACUGUGCAGGAGCCCCUAGAACCCUAAUUUCUCCACAGAAUCUCACUGCAGAUGCUUGCAUAAGAAUGAGCCGCCCCCACCUGUGGCUUCUGGAAACCCACUGGGCCACACUUCCGGGAUCUGAGGCAAAGGAGGCACUUCCUGAACCACUUUGCUCAUCUAUGAGAUGAAAACAGAACCUGUCUUCCAGUGGCAGGGGUGGAGUAGGGUGGAGUGAUGAGAGUGAGGCACACGGUAGGUGUGCAGGCCACAGCAGCGCAUUGGGGUUCCGAAGCAGAAGACCUGCAGGUGAACCUGAGGGGGGUUUCACAGGAAAGCCCAGACUUCUGGCUUCUCUGGAAAAUCUGGUAAAAUUGAGCCUCCUCCCCACUUGCUCUAAAGUGAUUCUGCUUGUGCCUAGGAAGGUUUUUCAGAUCAGGAGGAGAUGUAUUACUGGCCUCUGGCCCUGGGGGCACCCUGAGGGGCUGUGGGUGUUUGCUGAGGGCCUCCCAGGGGAGUAGGCCGGAGCAGGGUGUUCCCAGCCCUGUAGCAUCAGAGGUGAGAGUCAAACUCAGAGCCCCUUCCUUGGGCAUCCGCUACCCAGUGUGAGCCAGAGCCUACUGGGGCGGGGGAGCAGUCCCAGAGCCCAUUUCCUGAGGCAAUGUGGUAAGGGCCCUGCCACGUUAAGGAAGCCAGAGCAGCUGACUGCAGAAGAGGGCUCAGGGAGUCUUCGUGGAGGCAGGAGGCAGUCUUGGACCUGAACCCCAAAGGCUGAGCAGGGUUUUGCCAGAGUUAAGGGGUGGUGAGGUCAUUUUAAUUAGAGUCAGGACAGUCAGAGGUUCGGUAGCUUCAAAGUACAUGACUUGAUUGCGACUGGAGAAUUGCAUUUGGAGGGUGUGGGAACGGUAAGGUAUUCCCACCAUGGCCUUGGGCAAGUCACUUCAUUCCUUGAGCCUCAGAUGCUCACCCAUAAACUGAGGCCUUCCAGUGAAGGCUAGAUGAUAGUGCACUGAAAAAUGCUGAAUCCCCUUACGGAAGGAGACAUGAAGCGAAGAGACUGUGACAGGGCUGUAUGCAAAUUAGAUGGUAUGAAGUGAAGGCUGGGGUAUGUCUAGCCCUGAGUUCAGAGAUGGGGAGUUUCAGUACAAGCUGGAGACCGCAGAGCUUCUUGUAAGAGGUUAGAUGGGAACAGAGCCCCGAAGGACAGAGAAGAGGACUAGAUUGGUAGAAAGGAAUAGAGAAGGCAUCUCAGGCAGGCAGUCCAGCUAAGUGCAGGUGUGAAGGUGGCAGGCAGGGAAGGCCAGUAGGUGCACCAUCAUGGUUGUGGGAGGACUGGAGAGAGGUGAGCCUGAAAGGCUGGGGGACGCUGGUGAAGCCCAGCCCCAGAGGCAGGCAGCAGGGAGCCAUUGCAUGUCCUGUCCCUACAUAGGCAAGCAGGGAGUGGUCUUAACAACGUAGCGCCUUCCAGUGAGGGGAGGAUUUUCUAAUUCCUUUUACAUAGUGGGAAGAAUAAAAGGUCAGAAGGGAUAUAGAAGGGAGAGAUGAUGAAAAGGAGUUGGUUAGAGAACGGCAUCACCUUGUACAUCCCCCAUUCAUUCUCAUGCACACGUAAUUUUAACCAAUGGAUAGAGUUGGGCAGGGACUGCAUCAGGAACUCGAUCUCCUGUGCUUAGUUAUCUGCAGAGUGCCCCUGGGUACCAUCUGCAGUCAUUGCAUUGCUGGCUGCACAGCUGCCAUGCAGUAACCGAUUGUUGCUGGUCUAAACAAAACUUGAUUAAGUAUCUCUUUUCCCCAAACUUCCUUGUGGAUUGUUUCCAUUGGAUACCUUUCCUGAAGGGGGAUUUCUUACUUUAAGGGAACAGAAAUUUUUAUGCCUUAGAAGAUUUAAAACAUACUCUUUCACAGUAAUUUUUAAAAAUUUCUUUAAAUUUUUAAAAAGAUUUUAUUUGAGAGAGAGAAAGAACAAGUGAGGGAUGUGGGGCUCAAUCCCAGGACCCUGGAAUCAUGUGAGCCAAGGCAGACGUUUAACUGACUGAGCCACCCAGGUGCCCCCACAGUAAUUUUCUUUAUUGUAUGGAUUUUUUUCUUCUUUUUCUCUUUUAUUAUUAUUUUUUCACCGUGAUAAGUGUACUCUUUAACCCCCAUCCCCUGUUUCACCCAUUCCCCCACCCAGAUUGUACAGGGUUUGGGGUUUGUUUUUUUUUUUUUUAAGAUUUAUUAUUUGAGAGAGAGAACGCAGAGGGGAGAGCAAAUGAGAGUCUUAAGCAGACUCCACACUGAGCACGGAGCCUGACGCAGAGCUCACUCUCACAACCCUGAGAUCACGACCUGAGCUGAAACCAAGAAUUGGAGGUUUAACCCACUGCGCCACCCAGGCACCCUGUAUAGAGUUUUUUAAAAAGAGCAAAUGUACACAAGCAUAUACAAUAAAAAGUGUAUCCUCCUGAUCCCAUACUCUUCCAGUUCUCCCUGAGGACACUUGUUAGUUUCCUGUAUAUCCUUCCAGAAGUAUUCUGUGCAGAUACUGUAUAUAUCCAAUUUUCAGAAAAAUGGAUACAUAGUUACACUGUUCAGCAAAUUGCUUUCCAUGUUUUAUUUUUAUUUAUUUUUUUAAAGAUUUUAUUUAUUUAUUUGACAGAGAGAGACACAGCGAGAGAGGGAACACAAGCAGGGGGAGUGGGAAAGGGAGAAGCAGGCUUCCCGCUGAGCAGGGACCCCGAUGCGGGGCUCGAUCCCAGGACCCUGGGAUCAUGACCUGAGGCGAAGGUAGACGCUUAACGACUGAGCCACUCAGGUGCCCCUUCCAUUUUUAUUUUUAAAUUUGGGGUUAUGAACUACACCAAAGAAGCAUAGAAAAUGACACCAUCACACCCCCAGUAGCCCUAAACAGGUUUAACAAAUGUUAACAUUUUGCACUGGCAUCUUGUUUAGGGAGGUAGCCCUAUGUUAGUGCAGCCCCAUGCGGAGGAGUCCAGUUAUUGAUCAUAUGCACACAUGAUUCUUUUCAGCCUGUGCCCAGCUCUUGGAUAUUUAAGAGUGUUACUGAUUUUUUUUUCUUAAAUAAUCGAUGUGGAGGUAAUACCCCCCUUUGUAUAAUGCUGCCCCGGUAUGAAGGCAAAGGGGAACGAAGCUUGGCUGUAGUUUCGGUUCAAAUACCUGUUCAGCCACCCUUCAUAGCUGUGUGACCUGGGGUGAGUGAGUGACACCCCCCCUUGAUCCUCUUGACCCAUCUGUAAAAUGCUGUAGUAAUCCCUACGUUUCAUCGCUGCGGGGAGGAGUACAGUAGGAAACUGAAGAUUUCUUUGGGCUUAGUUUCCCAACACUCUUAAGCAGGGAGCCCUCCAUGGGGGAGACCAAGCUCUACUGGCCACGCGCCGAGAGCUACCAGAGCGCCGGACAACUGCAGCUCCUGCUUCAAACUGUUCCCCGCCCCUUUCCCGGGCCACGCUGGGGGCGGGGCGGUUAAAUGUCUCUGUGGCGUCAGCGCAAGCAGGACCAAUCCCCCUGCCCCGCAGGCGUUAGCUCGUUUGCGUGGGUUACCCGCUAUUGGUCCGUUGGGCAACCCAGGCCGUCCCAGCUUUUUAAAGCUGCCGCGUAGUAUAAACAAGGAGAUGCAGGGCGGCCAGGCCAUGAUGUCAUCGCGGCGCGGUAGCUCUUGGGGCUGACGUCAUCUCCGGGGAGGUUGCCGACCCAAGGCUGUUAGAGCCUUCCUAACCCAGUUGGGCUGGCUUAAGAAGGCCGCUCCUGCCCCGUCGAAGGUCAGUCCCAUUGCACUUCAGUGUCCCAGGCGGCGCCCCGUCCCCGAAGAGAAGACCAUGACACAUUCUUAAAGGGCCAGCCGCCUGCAGCUGCGCAAACCCGGCCGCGUCCUGCGCCGCCUCCCGCUCCCGGAGGGCCUGGGCUGAGAGAGGCAGACCGCGCGUGGGCCUCGCGAGGCGGACGCCGGCGGACCGACAACAAAGAGAGAGCCCCGGAAGGAGCUGGACUGCACCCGGACCGGGGGGUGGGGAGGGGAGCACAUUGUUCCGCAGGGCGGGGGCUCUUAAAGGGUCCAGGCAGCCCCCCUCCCUUCUGUCCAGCUUGGCCGUCCUAGAUCGGGAACAAAGGAGCCAACGUGUGGCCUGGCGGCCGAAGGGUUGUGAACCCUGGCCCAGCCCCUCCACCCCUCUGCCACCCCUGAUGCGACCAUGGGCUCUGGCAGUGACUAGGUGGCCACCCUCUGCCCCUGUGGGUCAGCGGCGAUUCUCUGUAGGACCCGGCACUACCCCGGGCCAGCUCCGGGGAAGUCCUACUGGGGCCUCCUCUCUGUGGUGCAGCCCCGGCCGCGAGGGCCCCCUGGCCAGCCUGCCUGCCCAGGAUGAGCGCUUACCCUCCCAGCAGCCACCACCCCGACCACCACACCUCCCUGUAGAGGAGCACCGAGCCUCGGCUCCUGCCGGCAGGAGCCCCCGAAUGCUGCACCCAGCCUCCCAACAGAGCCCGUUCAUGGUUGAUCUCCACGAGCAGGUGCACCAGGGACCCGUCCCUCUGUCCUACACAGUCACCACAGUGACGACCCAAGGCUUCCCCUUGCCUACAAGCCAACACAUCCCUGGCUGCAGUGCCCAGCAGCUCCCAGCAUGCUCCGUGAUGUUCAGCGGUCAGCACUACCCCCUUUGCUGCCUCCCACCCCCGCUGAUCCAGGCGUGUACCAUGCAGCAGCUCCCUGUGCCCUAUCAGGCCUACCCCCACCUCAUCUCCAGUGAUCACUACAUCCUGCACCCCCCACCGCCAGCCCCACACCCCCAGCCCGCCCACAUGGCACCUCUUGGGCAGUUUGUAUCGCUGCAGGCCCAGCACCCGCGAAUGCCCCUGCAGCGGCUUGACAACGAUGUGGACCUGCGGGGGGACCAGCACCCCCUGGGGAGCUUCACCUACUCCACCUCUGCCCCAGGCCCAGCCCUGUCCCCAUCUGUGCCCCUGCACUACCUGCCCCAUGAUCCACUGCACCAGGAGCUGUCUUUCGGUGUGCCAUAUUCCCACAUGAUGCCACGGAGACUGAGCACUCAGAGAUACCGCCUGCAACAGCCGCUGCCCCCACCACCCCCACCGCCACCCCCGCCACCGUAUUACCCCAGCUUCCUGCCCUACUUCCUCUCGAUGCUGCCAAUGUCACCAACAGCAAUGGGGCCCACCAUCAGCCUGGAUCUCGAUGUGGAUGACGUGGAGAUGGAGAACUAUGAGGCCCUCCUGAACCUGGCAGAGCGGCUAGGAGAUGCCAAGCCCCGGGGCCUCACCAAAGCGGACAUCGAGCAGCUCCCGUCAUACCGCUUUAACCCAGACAGCCAUCAGUCAGAGCAGACACUGUGUGUUGUCUGCUUCAGUGACUUCGAGGCACGGCAGCUGCUCCGAGUCCUCCCCUGCAACCACGAGUUCCACACCAAGUGUGUCGACAAGUGGUUAAAGGCCAACCGGACGUGUCCCAUUUGCCGGGCCGACGCCUCCGAGGUGCCCAGGGAGGCUGAGUGAGGCCCACAGCUGCCCAGGAUAAACCCUGCCCGAAGCUCUGGAAGCUCGGGUUGGGGGGACCUGGGGAGGACGGGGAGGGAGUGGCCCAGGCCUGCCCCGUCAUUCCCGCCUGCAUCUCCAGAGCUGGUGCCAGGGUCAGCCCCAAGAGAAGCCCCUGCAAUAAGCCCCUGCAUUUGCCAAGCUCCAAAGACUCCUGCCCCGAUCUGCCUGCCAGUCUGCCCACCACGGAGCUGCCUGAGUGUCCCUAACUCAGUCUCCCUCCUGUUUGCCCUCGAGUCCGUCUCCUUUACCUGCCAACCCUAGGAACCAGGGGUCUAUCCCCCCAAGCUCAGCUAGGGGAGAUCCUCAGCCCCAGGAUGGGCAAAGAGGGCUCCGUCCUGGGUUGCCUGGUCUCUUGCACUGAAAUGGUAUGCCGUCUGACUGGGUGGCACUGACAGGCGUGCGGACAGAGGGUGGCAUGAGGCCAUUUCCUGAGCCCCAGGCCUGGGUCCUCUUGCUUUGACCCCAGACAGACUCCGGCAGCCAGCCCUACCCAGGCUGCUGUGAGGGUUGGCUCCCUGAAGGACCCUCACCCCAGUCACAACAUUCCAGCCCACCCCCAGGCUGGAAGAUAUCAGAGCCAGCCUCCUGAGCAGAUGGGAGACAGGCCCUGAGCUGGGGUGGCCUGUAUCCUGAGGGGGCCUGGGCCAUGCAGGGGAGAGAGACCUGUGUUCCUGGUGGCCACCCCUUCCUGGCAGUGAUGGCGGCCAGACACACGCCCAAUGUCCCCUCUCUGUUGUUUUGCAUGAACGUGAGGAGCAGCAGUUUUUGUUUAUUCAUUUGGCCCAAAACCGCGUGUAGGAUUUGGGGGUGUGGAUUUUUAAAUAAUUUGUUUCCUUUUGGUUUAAUGGGGGAUAUAGGGACCAACCAGGACCAAGUGCCCAGGGGGCUGGGAAUGGUCUGGUGAUGCCGCCUGGUCUGCAUGCAUGUGUGCGGCUGGGGCUGGGCUGGGCGGCUGGCAGUCAUGGGUGGGGUUGGGGGGUGGUUUGUGCUCAGCUGAUAACUGCCAUGCACUGUACUGCACACGUCCCCAGAGCCUACCGGGACCGUACGCUUUUCAGGGCAUUUCUCCCUCCAGCCAGGGCCCGUCUCCCACCUGACUGGGCGAGUCUCCUCCAAGGAAGUCCCAGGAGGACAGGGACCAGGGAGGGCGUGGACCCCAUCUCCAGGGGCCCCCUCCCAGCCUGAGUCCUGCCCUCCAAGGUCUGGAGGAGGCCCCCUUAUAGGGUCUGGCUGAGCUCCCACCUUCUCUUUCCCCAGUCCCAUUCCUUUCCUGUCCUACCCCCAGCUGGGGUUGCUGCCCCGAACGAACCGCGUGUGGGGCCGGCACAUCCUAGCAGGCAGCCCCUGGCGCCUGCUGCCUCAGGGAUGCUCCAACCACCCUCGUUCUCCCUGCGGCGGCCCUGGCUCCCUGCCUCCCCUCAGCCUGCCAUGGGGCCCCAUCAGCCUGGCCCCACCCCCGUGGAGAACCCAAAGUCUUACUGUAUAUAAAACUCCAGGUGAUGUUUCUAUAUUUAUAGCAGUGUGGAAACCCCACGUGUUUUACACAGAGAACCACCCUCUCCAAACCCCCCCUCCCUUUCCCACCCCAACAAAAGGUUUUCAGAAUCCUUAAGGUUCCUGGGGCAGGCGGAAACAGGCUCACGGAUUGUGUGUCGGCUGCAGCAAUGAUUCCAACGAGCAGCUAUGGGGGGGGAAACACAACACUUUAAAAAAAAUCAUUAAAAAAAAGAUUUAUAAAACAAUUAUUUAGGAUGUUUGUGAUUUGCCGACCUUGCUAUAGAUGCCAUGUUACCAAUGAUUUCCUGUGGUGGGGGCUUGUCAUUGUUUACUCUUUUAUUUACCAACUUCUGGCCUAGGCAUGACAGUGGGCACCAUCCCCCAGCCCUGGCUGGGCCCAGCACCUGUGUUCUGUGUUAGAAAGGUUAUAUAUAUAUAUAUAUAUAUAUACACACACAUAUAUAUAUAUAUAUUUAAUUACAUAUAUAUAUAUAAAAAUAUAUGUAAUUUGGGGGGGCCCUGUUCCUUGCACAUUUUACAGUUACCUCAUUUUUCCCAUGUAUGUAUUUGAGAAAAUGCUAAUAUAUAGAGAAAAAAAUGGUUCUUAAAGCUUAAAUGUGUGGUUUUUUCCAUUCCAUUGGAUUCACAUUGGUUUGUAGCAUUUAACAUAACUAGUAUGUUGUAUUAUAUAUAUGUGUAUACUGAUUGAAAUUUUUAACAGAUUUGUACUUUUUUUAAAAUGAAAGUUGCUAGUUCUGCUUGACCAAGUAGUGCAAUCAUUAUUUUUUUUAAUAUUGUUGCUGAUUUCAGAGGGAUAUUCACUAAUAAAUGUAUGAUGUAUAUCAA